AUGUCGGAUCAUGAAUUCGGAGCGUCACUUUUCUCGUUGUUUGUGUCCUACGCGUUCAACCCCCCAUCCUCAACAUCAUACCUUGACAUGCCAGAAUGGCUCCCCAUAUUCCUGCGUCAGACCGGUACUGGAAGCUAUUCGACAUGGCUGGCGGCUCAAGGAACGAUGAUCUCUCGCUGCCGAAAGUGGCCGUCCAUCUUCAAGCAGCGGCACUGGCAACCCCGGGUGACGUGGAUCUAUGCUGACAUUCUGCAAGCCACUGUUCAGAAGAUAGUCGGCGAAAUCCUCUCGGGAUCGUCAGGGAUCGCAUUCUCAAAGGAAGCCCGUGACGUUCUCAUUGAAUGCUGCGUUGAAUUUAUUACCCUUAUCAGCUCGGAGGCGAACGACAUCUCGGAAAAGGAAGCCAAGAAAACCAUUGCAUGCGAUCACAUCAUCAAGGCGCUCGAUCAACUUGGUUUCACUGAUUACAUCCCAGCGGUCCUCGAAGCCGCUGCUGAACACAAGGAAGUUCAGAAGGUAGGACGUGAAAAGAAGGCCAACAAGCUCGAGCAGAGUGGCUUGUCGUUAGAGGAACUGGAGCGUCUCCAGCAAGAACAGUUCGCAGCGGCAGCGGCCAGGCAUGGUUGA